CGCCCCCGAGGCCGCCCGCGCGCCUCCUCGGGCUCCUCGUGUCCCGCCGCGCCAGGCAGCCUCUUCUGGGCUCGGGUGCUUGCACACCAUGGCCCCGGGGCGGACCUGGGCCGGCGCCGCCGUGCGCGCCCGCCUGGCGCUGGCCUUGGCGCUGGCGAGCGUCCUGAGCGGACCCCCCGCUGCCGCCUGCCCCACCAAGUGUACCUGCUCCGCCGCUAGCGUGGACUGCCACGGGCUGGGCCUGCGCGCCGUUCCACGGGGCAUCCCCCGCAACGCAGAGCGCCUUGACCUGGACAGAAAUAACAUCACCAGGAUCACCAAGAUGGACUUCGCUGGACUGAAGAAUCUCCGAGUCUUGCAUCUGGAGGACAAUCAGGUGAGCGUCAUCGAGAGAGGCGCCUUCCAGGACCUGAAGCAGCUGGAGCGAUUACGUCUGAACAAGAACAAGCUCCAGGUCCUUCCAGAAUUGCUUUUCCAGAGCACACCAAAGCUCACCAGACUAGAUCUGAGCGAGAACCAGAUCCAGGGCGUCCCGAGGAAGGCGUUCCGUGGCAUCGCAGACGUGAAGAACCUGCAACUGGACAAUAACCACAUCAGCUGCAUUGAAGAUGGAGCCUUCCGAGCGCUGCGCGAUUUGGAGAUCCUCACCCUCAACAACAACAACAUCAGCCGCAUCCUAGUCACCAGCUUCAACCACAUGCCGAAGAUUCGGACUCUGCGUCUCCACUCCAACCAUCUGUACUGUGAUUGUCAUUUGGCCUGGCUCUCGGAUUGGCUGAGACAGCGGCGGACAGUUGGCCAGUUCACCCUCUGCAUGGCUCCCGUGCACCUGAGAGGCUUCAAUGUGGCAGAUGUGCAGAAGAAGGAGUAUGUGUGUCCAGGUCCCCACUCUGAGGCUCCGUCCUGCAAUGCCAACUCCCUGUCCUGCCCUUCUGCUUGCACAUGCAGUAAUAACAUCGUGGACUGCCGGGGGAAGGGACUGACAGAGAUCCCUGCCAACCUGCCAGAGGGCAUUGUGGAAAUACGCCUGGAGCAGAACUCCAUCAAAUCCAUUCCUGCAGGAGCCUUCACCCAGUACAAGAAGCUGAAGCGAAUAGACAUCAGCAAGAAUCAAAUAUCGGACAUAGCUCCAGAUGCCUUCCAGGGCCUGAAAUCACUCACAUCGCUGGUGCUCUAUGGUAACAAGAUUGCAGAGAUUCCCAAGGGACUGUUGGACGGGCUGGUGUCCCUACAGCUGCUCCUCCUCAAUGCCAACAAGAUCAACUGCCUGCGGGUGAACACCUUCCAGGACCUGCAGAACCUCAACCUGCUCUCUCUGUACGACAACAAGUUGCAGACCAUCAGCAAGGGGCUCUUCGCUCCUCUGCAGUCCAUCCAGACCCUCCACUUAGCUCAAAACCCAUUUGUUUGCGACUGCCACUUGAAGUGGCUGGCUGACUACCUUCAGGACAACCCCAUUGAGACAAGCGGGGCCCGCUGCAGCAGCCCACGCCGGCUGGCCAACAAGCGCAUCAGCCAGAUCAAAAGCAAGAAGUUCCGCUGCUCAGGCUCUGAGGAUUAUCGCAACAGAUUCAGCAGUGAGUGUUUCAUGGACCUCGUGUGCCCUGAGAAGUGCCGCUGCGAGGGUACCAUUGUGGACUGCUCCAACCAGAAGCUGGCCCGCAUCCCGAGCCACCUCCCUGAAUAUACCACUGACCUGCGACUGAAUGACAAUGACAUCUCUGUCCUGGAGGCCACUGGGAUCUUCAAGAAGCUGCCCAACCUGCGAAAAAUAAACCUGAGCAACAAUAGGAUCAAGGAGGUGCGAGAGGGUGCCUUCGAUGGAGCAGCUGGCGUUCAGGAGCUGAUGCUGACAGGGAACCAGCUGGAGACCAUGCAUGGGCGCAUGUUCCGGGGCCUCAGUGGCCUCAAGACACUGAUGUUGAGGAGCAACCUGAUCAGCUGUGUCAACAAUGACACCUUCGCUGGCCUGAGCUCUGUGAGACUGCUGUCGCUCUAUGACAACCGGAUCACCACCAUCACCCCCGGAGCCUUCACCACGCUCGUCUCCCUGUCCACCAUAAACCUCCUGUCUAACCCUUUCAACUGCAACUGCCACCUGGCCUGGCUCGGCCGGUGGCUGAGGAAGCGUCGGAUCGUCAGUGGGAACCCCAGAUGCCAGAAGCCCUUUUUCCUCAAGGAGAUUCCCAUCCAAGACGUGGCCAUCCAGGACUUCACCUGCGACGGCAACGAGGAGAGCAGCUGCCUGCUGAGUCCACGCUGCCCUGAGCAGUGCACCUGCGUGGAGACGGUGGUGCGAUGCAGCAACAGGGGGCUCCGUGCCCUCCCCAAAGGCAUGCCGAAGGACGUGACCGAACUGUACCUAGAAGGAAACCACUUAACAGCGGUGCCCAAGGAGUUGUCCUCCCUCCGACAGCUGACGCUUAUUGACCUGAGCAACAACAGCAUCGGCAUGCUGACCAAUUACACCUUCAGCAACAUGUCCCACCUCUCCACGCUGAUCCUGAGCUACAACCGGCUGAGAUGCAUCCCUGUCCAUGCCUUCAAUGGGCUACGGUCACUCCGAGUGCUAACCCUCCACGGCAAUGACAUUUCCAGUGUUCCUGAAGGCUCCUUCAAUGAUCUGACUUCCCUUUCCCACCUGGCCCUGGGAACCAACCCUCUCCACUGCGACUGCAGUCUGCGUUGGUUAUCAGAGUGGGUAAAGGCUGGCUAUAAGGAGCCUGGCAUUGCCAGAUGCAGUAGCCCAGAGUCCAUGGCGGACAGGCUCCUGCUUACCACUCCUACCCACCGGUUCCAGUGCAAAGGGCCAGUGGACAUUAACAUCGUGGCCAAGUGCAACGCCUGCCUCUCUAGUCCGUGCAAGAACAAUGGCACAUGCAGCCAGGAUCCUGUGGAGCAAUACCGCUGCACCUGCCCCUACAGCUACAAGGGCAAGGACUGCACCGUGCCCAUCAACACCUGUGUCCAGAACCCCUGUCAGCACGGAGGUACCUGCCACCUGAGUGAGAGCCACAAAGAUGGGUUCAGCUGCUCCUGCCCGCUGGGCUUUGAGGGACAACGGUGUGAGAUCAACCCCGACGACUGUGAGGACAACGACUGUGAAAACAAUGCCACCUGUGUGGAUGGGAUCAACAACUACGCAUGUGUGUGCCCGCCUAACUACACAGGGGAGCUGUGCGAUGAGGUGAUUGACUACUGUGUGCCCGAGAUGAACCUCUGUCAACAUGAGGCCAAGUGCAUCUCCCUGGACAAAGGAUUCAGGUGUGACUGUGUCCCUGGUUACAGUGGGAAGCUGUGCGAGACAGACAAUGACGACUGUGCAGCCCACAAGUGCCGCCACGGAGCCCAGUGUGUGGAUGCAGUCAAUGGCUACACAUGCAUCUGCCCCCAGGGCUUCAGUGGUCUCUUCUGUGAGCAUCCCCCACCCAUGGUUCUGCUACAGACCAGCCCCUGUGACCAGUAUGAGUGCCAGAACGGGGCACAGUGCAUUGUGGUGCAACAGGAGCCCACUUGCCGCUGUCCCCCAGGCUUUGCUGGGCCCAGGUGUGAGAAGCUCAUCACUGUGAACUUCGUAGGCAAGGACUCCUAUGUGGAACUGGCCUCUGCCAAGGUCCGGCCUCAGGCCAACAUCUCAUUGCAGGUGGCCACUGACAAGGACAACGGCAUCCUUCUUUACAAGGGAGACAAUGACCCCUUGGCACUGGAGCUGUACCAGGGCCAUGUGAGGCUGGUGUAUGACAGCCUGAGCUCCCCUCCAACCACGGUGUACAGUGUGGAGACGGUGAACGAUGGUCAGUUUCACAGUGUGGAGCUGGUGAUGCUAAACCAGACCUUGAACCUGGUGGUAGACAAAGGAGCCCCCAAGAGCCUGGGGAAGCUCCAGAAGCAGCCGGCAGUGGGCAUCAACAGCCCCCUCUAUCUUGGAGGCAUCCCCACCUCCACAGGCCUCUCAGCCUUACGCCAGGGUGCAGACAGGCCGCUGGGCGGCUUCCACGGCUGUAUCCACGAGGUGCGCAUCAACAACGAAUUGCAGGAUUUCAAGGCCCUCCCACCUCAGUCCCUGGGGGUCUCUCCUGGCUGCAAGUCCUGCACUGUGUGUCGGCAUGGCUUGUGCCGUGCUGUGGAGAAGGACAAUGUCGUAUGUGAGUGCCACCCAGGAUGGACCGGUCCACUGUGUGAUCAGGAAGCUCGUGACCCCUGCCUUGGUCACAGCUGCAGCCAUGGGAAAUGUGUGGCGAUGGGCAGCACAUACAUGUGCAAGUGUGCAGAGGGCUACGGAGGAGCCUUGUGUGACCACAAGAAUGACUCUGCCAGUGCCUGCUCAGCCUUCAAGUGCCACCACGGGCAAUGCCACAUCUCAGAUCAAGGGGAGCCCUACUGCCUGUGCCAGCCUGGCUUCAGUGGCAACCACUGUGAGCAAGAGAAUCCAUGUUUGGGGGAGAUAGUCCGUGAAGCCAUCCGCCGUCAGAAAGAUUAUGCCUCCUGUGCCACGGCCUCCAAGGUGCCCAUCAUGGAGUGCCGUGGGGGCUGCGGGAGCCAGUGCUGCCAGCCCAUCCGCAGCAAGCGGCGGAAAUACGUCUUCCAGUGCACGGACGGCUCCUCGUUCGUGGAGGAGGUGGAGAGACACUUGGAAUGUGGCUGCCGCACGUGUUCCUGAGCCCCUCUGCCACCUCCCCACCCACCACCUCUCAGACUCCAGCUCGCUGGGCUGGGGACGGCCACAGGGAACCUCUUUGAGAUUCAGAAUGAAGGAGAAAAAGCUGGAGAGGAAGAGGCAAAAGAGAGAAUAUUAAGUAUAUUGUAAAAUAAACAAAAAAUAGAACUUA